AUGAGCUCUCUACAGACCCCGUCAGAACUCGCAGUCUUGCUUGAGGGUUUCUGUUCUCUACCAAUAUCCGAUAUUAGCACACAUGGAGAGUUCCAACGACUCCUACAUUCGGAUGCUGAUAAAGAACGAAUCCUAGAGUCGAUACCAAGUACGCCGAAUCCCUCCCAUCGACCACUCGCUUUACUACAUCUCUUGUUGAGCGAGCUACGGGGAUCAUGGCCGACAUUCCCUCUGAUCAGAUGCUACACAAGGCUGUAUCACUUGUUGCCAGAAGAUGCAAAGUCUCGUCGGGAUAAGAAUCUAGCACAGCUGGUUCAUGUUACUUCGGAUCUGGUCAAGAAGUCUUAUACAUCUUUUGCCUCUUUUCUCGUUUCCAGUUCGCAACCGGCUUUGCGCUCUUCAACACCUGGAGACUUCAUCACCCACAAUGGGCUACGGAAUUUCGUUGAUAGCUUUCACCUCCCAACAAACGGUUCUGCGCGCAAGCCAGUCGUUGCGAUAGCUCUUCCUAAUGGUCCCUUGCUGGCGGCCACUUGCAUCGCUGUCACUACCUACUAUACGUCUGCGCCAAUCAAUCCCGCUGCCGGUGCAGAGCAAUUCCGCGCAGACGUUCAGCAAGCUGGUGCGCAGUUCAUACUGACCACAAGCGACGACUGUGAGAGGCUCGGCCUGAGAGAUCCGUGGGUUGCCGCAGCAGGAAUCGAAGUCUUCUUGAUGAGAUGGGACAACCGUGACGAGAUCGAUGUUCGAGACCUUGGGGGCUCUCCCCUCCCACUUCAAAGGCAAAAACCUAACUAUAACGGGCCAGAUGACUUUGGAUUGAUAUUGUUCACGAGUGGCACUUCUGGCACCAAGAAGGUCGUGCCCUUGACAGUACAUUCCAUCAUUGCCGGCAUCAGCUUCGUGGUGGACUCUUGGGGACUGUCGGCAUCGGAUAUCUGCCUCAACAUGAUGCCCUUAUACCAUGUCGGCGGCCUAGUCAGAAACAUCUUUGCUCCAAUCUUCUCGGGCGGCUCGACUGUCUGCUGUCCAGCGUUCGAUCCCAGUUUGUUUUGGGAUGUUGUUCAGGAGGUUCCGGUAACGUGGUACUACGCAUCUCCGUCAAUGCAUUCGGUCAUUCUGGCUGCAGCCUCCGAGCGCCAGGACGCUUUGCAGCAGAACUGCAUCAGAUUAGCAUGUAAUGCUGCUGGAGGUCUCUUGCCGUCGCUGGCGUGUCGACUUCGAGACACAUUCAGUUGCACAGUACUCCCAAGCUACGGAAUGACUGAAUGUAUGCCGAUAUCAACGCCUCCCUUGGAUUACCAGCUUGACAGAGAAGGCACCUCGGGCAUCAGUACGGGACCGGAGAUUUCUAUUCUGGACUGGUCAGACUCAGGUGUCUCAACUGGCGACGUGGGUAGAAUCUGCGUUCGCGGCGAGCCUGUCUUCCCAGGGUAUCUCAAGCCAGACGGAACCUUGGACAGAUCACCCUUCAACCCAAGUGGUUGGUUCGACACUGGCGACCUUGGCUAUAUGGACAAAGAUGGCUACCUUUACAUCACUGGUCGGAGCAAGGAAGUCAUAAAUCGGGGCGGCGAACUCAUCUCGCCGUUUGAAGUCGAGAACGCUAUUAUGCGUUUAUCCAUGUCGCCAGAGUCGCCCCUGCAUGGGCGUGUCGCUCAAGCCCUUGCGUUUUCCGUACCUCAUGAUGUACUUCAGGAGGUGGUGGCGGUGGUGCUGGUCACCCAAACGAACGCUCCUCGUGCCGACCUGAAGACGUUGCAGAACGCAUUGCGGUCCUCUCUGCAGCAGGUCAAGUGGCCAGUUCUCGUCACCUACAUGGAUGAUUUGCCGAAGAAGAACAACAAAGUGUUGAGAAUUAAAUUGGGCCAGCGAUGUGGCAUUCCGGAGCUGACGGACGACACACCGUACUUGAGCAGGCAUUGGCAGGCCAUAUGCCCCCUGCCAGACACGGAUCUCUCAAUACCUAUCAAGUCAUCGCCCUGCACUAUCGACUACAGCAAGCUGUCAGCCUGCGUGAGCGAUAUGUUUCCAGCCAGUAGCUUCAGACACUACUGCAGACAGCAUCAUCUCAGGGGGACCGUGGAGGCUUUCAUUGCUCCCCUCGAGGGUAGCUCAGGGGCAUCGAGGGCAUCAUAUCACCAGCUCGAUGAAUUGAAGAGAAAGCUGAUCGAGUCUACCCACGGAUACAUGGUUCCCGAACAUAUACACCUGCUUCCUAAUCCCCUGCCUCUUGAUCGCAGUGGCGCUGUCGAUGAUGAUGCACUAGAUGUACUCCUUGCAGGCAUGGGCAGCGCUUCUUCAAAGAAACUCGAGGCAUCCAUUGAGGGUAGAGUCAGGAAAGUCUUUGGAGAAAUUCUUUGCCAGCCACCAAUGGACAUUGAGCUCGACAUUGACUUUUUCGCCCUUGGAGGAGACUCUUUGAAGGCAGGGCGCCUGGCAUCUGCCUUACGAUCAACCUUCAAUACCCAGAUCCCAAUCAGUCUCGUUUUCAAUCAAGGGACUGUUUCCGCUAUUGCCGCCUUCAUCGAGAAAACGGCAGACUUUACACCUGAGCCUUCAGCUCAGGACGAGAGCUUUGGCUGUUCCAAGACCUACAGCUCCACGAAUCCUUUGCUCAUGCUCAUUCAACUCAUCCCUCUUGCUGUUGUAUAUCCACUGCGCCGUGCCGUCCAAUGGACUGCAUUCAUCAUCGUUAUGAGUUAUGUGCAGAGAUGGCCGACGAAUCAACACACGACCGGCCGGCUGCUUAACGUGGCGGUGUCGGUCAUGUUUUCCAAGUUCAUCAUCAGAUGCGUUUCCCCUGUCUUUGGCAUCAUUGCCAAGUGGCUGAUCAUUGGCCGUUAUCGCGAAGGGCUCUAUCCCAUGUGGGGAGCAUACCACACACGCUGGUGGAUGGUCCAGAAGAUUGUGAGCAUCUGCGGGAAAGGGCUCUUCAACACCAAUGACUCCACGAAGCGGCUGUACUAUCGCCUGAUGGGAGCCAAGAUUGGUAAAGACGUCAAGAUUGCUGGGACAUCGCUUGGGGAGUGGGAUCUUCUCGACAUUCGAGACGGCGCAACCCUGACGCGCUGUCUUUGUCGUCCAUUCGCUGCGGAAGGCAACACUUCGAUGUAUCUGGGCCAGAUUGUCAUUGGAGAAAACGCCUCGAUUGGCAUAUCUUCCAUCGUAGCACCGGGAUCGGUGAUUCCUCCCAAUACCUGCAUUGGGCCAAACUCAUCCAGCUGGGAGCUAGAGGAUGCCGACGAGGAGAACCGAGACCUUUCUCCUAGCCAAGCACCAAAACCUCAUCUACUCCUCACCUGUUUCUUCACCGUCCCACUGGUUCUACUCUCAUGGAUACUUUCGAUUCUGCCCUGGAUGGCUGGCCUUGUCGGUAUGGUACAAGACAUGCCUUCAGAAGAUGCCUCGACGGUGAGGGACAUUCUGGACUGGUUCUCAGAGAACAAGAGGGUGGCAUUUCACUCCCUUGCUCUGGUAUUGCGAUGCCUUGUCGGCCCCUUUAUGUUCUUUGCGUUUGCCGUGCUGGUGAAAUUGCUGCUGGAUGCCGUACUGGGAAAGAUGACCUUUACCUCCGCUAGGGACCGGGGCGCCAUCGUCACCUGGCGAGCAGAUCUGAUGAAGACGCUGCUACCGGUGUCACGCCUGCACGAUGUGACGUCGAUGUUUGGACAACAUUAUGAAGCGACCUCCAUAGCCUUGCGGCUUCUAGGGGGCCGAAUCGGCAAGCGAGUCUACUGGCCGGGCACGGGUCCAAGCAUCGGGGACUACCAUCUCUUGGACGUUGGCAACGACGUCGUAUUUGGCUCCCGAGCUCACCUCAUGACCUCAGAUGGCACUGGAUCUGAAAAAAUAACGAUCCAAGACCGUGCCAUGAUCGCGGACAGAGUGUGCCUGCUUCCUGGGGUCACGGUUGGCGAGCAAACCACAAUGGGCUCUGGCGCCUUGACACGCCGGGGAAGUUCGUAUCUACCAGGAGGUACAUAUGUCGGCUCCAAGGGUCGUGAUUGUAUCCACCUCUCUGGCGGCCGCAGCACGGCACAGGAUGAGAAGAACCCUGCUCGACACCGCAUGCGGCACAUGAGCAGUGAUGAGACUCUCAUGAGCACCAAGGCGGAACCGAAGAAGGGCGCCGUACGAACCCAAAUCCAACGCUCCGGCACAGACAGCAUGUCCCCAUUCGGACGGGCUUUCUAUCUGAAGCUUGCGCCUUACCGCGUUCUCGGGCCGCUGACCAUCUUUUGCUACUCUUCGUUCAUCACGGUCUUCAGCUCCUUUUACUGGAAUGUGCCGAUCGUUGCCUGCGCACAGCUGGUUGACUUGCUCAUGAACCGGUUCAUCCCCCGGGAGUCGGGGACCGCAUACAACAUCGCAGUUCUUUUCUUGAUGUCUUGGGCUGCCAUUGCAGCGCUCUUCACCAUAAUGGCCGCCGUGGCGCUCUUGAUCGUCGUUGCGAGCAAGUGGAUUCUGCUGGGCCGCCGCAUGCCUGGUAACUAUGACUGGGACAAGUCUUCCUAUUGCCAGCGGUGGCAGCUUUUCUUGAGCAUUGAGCGGCUUCGACGCCAUUGCUUCCAUAGCCAAGGCGUCUUGGGGCUUCUCACGGGAACCCAUUGGAUUGUGCUCUACUUUCGAGCGCUGGGAGCAGACAUUGGCAAAGACUGUGCCCUUUUCGCCAAUGGCAACCCCAGCCUCAUGUUCACGGAGCCCGAUUUGAUAAAGCUCGGAGACCGAGUGACAAUUGACGAUGCCAGUGUCGUUGCUCACAUCAAUACCCGAGGCAAGUUUGAUCUGAAUAGGCUGAGCAUUGGGGAUCGAUGUGUGAUGCGGUCAGGGAGCAGACUGCUUAGCGGCGCCACGAUGAAGAACGACAGCUGUCUCUUGGAGCACACGCUCAUUAUGGGUGGCGAUGUGGUGGAAGAGAAGUGGACGAUGCAGGGAUGGCCUGCGGAGAGGUUUUCGGGGAAGCGAGCAGCGACUCAUUGA